AUGUACGCCCAAGAGGAAGCCUUUAAGAAAAGCGCUGAUUUCGCGCUUUCUACGAGCACUGUACUCAGUGGAGUCUGCCUUGCAGCAGGGUUUUUACUUUCUAACACUGUGUGCGGCCCCGAACUGUCUGAGUGGAACAUUGUCAAUGCUGUCCUCUGUGGCUCACUGGCCGCUUCCAUUCACUUCGCUCUGAAAUCCUCCCCCAGGGUUAUGCAGAAUGCAUUUCGCCUCUACAAGGGACAAAUUUCGCCAAAUGAACUGAUGGCUGAUGGAAUGCUAAUUGCAGCAGUAUCCAUUGGCAUCGUCGCGAUACCCGCAAUCCUUGUUGUGUGGUCUAUCAAUGGACUCUUUAGCAUGACCAUCGGCACCUGCGCCGAGUCAGCUCCUCUGUUCUAUAUUGUAACGCUAGCCGUAAUGCUAGCUCAGAUUCUUGCGAUCAUGAACGCAGCCAAAAUCAACAUGGAGGCUGCUGGAUACAACGUUCGUAACAUUGAAAGCGCUGUUCACGAAUGUGCUUCCAAGUCCAAAGAGGUAGCCAUGGACUUGGGCCGGAGUGCUCAUGUGAUGGCCAUGCAUGCAACAGAUCGUGCAAUCCCACUUCUUUACGCCACCCUGGAGAAAGGAAAACAUUUGUUUGAGUCGAGGCCAAGAUACAUGACAAUGGAAUACUGGACUGGACCAGAAGGGCGCUCGCUGCUCCGCUAUUGA